UAAUGAUGGAAUCUGCCUGAAACUGGAGCAGAUCAUCAGGUGAUGCCAGAGCGGCGUUCUACAAAACACAGAUGCAAUGGUUUUAACCGGCACUACCACCUUCAAAUGCUCAUCUGCUGAAAUAUUUAUUUGCAGAUGUCUAAUCUAUCCGGACUACAUCUGUGAUACCGAUGCUGUUUUCUUGAAAGAAGUUGAACAAGAGGACAAAGACAGGAUUACAUCUCUAUACGUCAAUGCAACAUGUCACUUUCAUGUUUAGGUUCAUCUUCUUGUCUCUUAUUUGUCCGCUUUGCAUGUUUUUCACUUCAGCAUCAGCGAAUGAACUGUAUGAACAUGAGUGGACAGGUAUGAAAAGUUUACCUUUAACAGUAAUGACAUGAAGCUAUAACUCCUGGCAUGUGGAAAUCCCGAUUAGAGAUGGUCCCAUCCCACUGUGUAGGUUAAGGGAAGAUCCACCAGCUACAGAUAAGAGGAUUUGAGAGGAAUUAAUGUCAUUCUUUUAUUACUGUAAGAAUAAAUUCAUAUUGAUUUAUGUUUGGGUGACAAAGCACCACCGUCGACAGCGGCCAGAUAUGCUGACGAUAAUGGACACUGAAGGCAUGCUGUGAUACGCGGUCAAACAAACUAGAUUUUGGGUUUAUGAUCGUACUGGAAGACGUGUGAACAAGCCAUAACGUUUCCCAGUACCCUCUCAGCUGAGCUUUGCUUGGGAUGGCCAGGACCCAGGAACCGUCCCUUCUUGGCUCUGUGAAAGAUUUCUGGACUCCAGCUACAGACGAAGAGAAACGAGUCUACUGUCAUCGUAUCCGGUCAUGAAGCUGGUCCUGCUGAAUCUCAGGCUGCUGUGCCUUGCUUGUCUCUGGCCCGUCACCUUGCUCAACAACCCUUAUCCUAACCGGAAGAAAAACAAGGAUGUUUACUUGGCUGAGCAUGGCAAAAACAGAUUCAGAGGACGGAUUGAUUAUAAAUUAAAGAGAAAGGACAGCACUAAGUCCCUCCUGAUCAAAACUGAGCAGCUGCUGAGAAUUGAAGACCACGACUUUGCUAUGAGGCCUGGAUUCGGAGGAUCUGCCAUCCCUGUGGGCAUUGAUGUUCAGGUGGAGAGUAUAGACAGCAUCUCUGAAGUUAACAUGGACUUCACAAUGACCCUGUACCUGAGGCAUUAUUGGAAGGAUGAACGUUUGGCUUUUCCCUCCAGUAACAAUCUGAGCCGCACGUUCGAUGGCCGGCUCGUAAAGAAGAUCUGGAAGCCUGAUGUCUUUUUUGUCCAUUCCAAGCGCUCUUUCAUCCAUGAUACUACCAUGGAGAACAUAAUGCUGAGAGUAUACCCAGACGGCAACAUCCUUUAUAGCGUCAGGAUUACAGUUACUUCUCUGUGCUCAAUGGACUUCAGUAGAUUCCCGUUGGACACCCAAAACUGUUCCCUGGAAUUGGAGAGCUAUGCAUAUGCUGAGAACGACCUCAUGUUGUACUGGAAAAAUGGCAAUGACUCUUUGAGGACAGAUGAGAUUGCUCUCUCUCAGUUCUUCAUUGAAGAGUUUCACCCCUCACAUGGUCUGGCAUUGUACAGCAGCACAGGCUGGUACAACAGGCUCUACAUCAACUUCAUCCUCAGAAGACACAUAUUCUUCUUUAUGCUGCAAACAUAUUUUCCUACAAUGCUGAUGGUUGUUCUGUCCUGGGUGUCUUUUUGGAUCGACAGGAGGGCAGUACCGGCCCGUGUCUCACUUGGCAUCACUACGGUGUUGACUAUGUCCACCAUAAUUACGGGAGUGUCAGCGUCCAUGCCUCAGGUAUCAUACGUGAAAGCGGUGGACAUCUAUUUGUGGACCAGCUUCCUGUUUGUGUUUCUGUCCGUCAUCGAGUAUGCAGCCGUCAACUACUUCACUACUAAGGAAGAAAUGAAGAAACUCGAGCAAUUGAAGCUCUCAGGAUACGAUGCAUCUCAAGCCAUGGCAUUCGAUGGCUGUUUCCAUGACCAGGACAUAGAGCUCAGCACAUUUCCAUUGUCUGACCUAAACACAGAGCCAUGUAUGUCCUCCAGGAACUCCACAACACCCGAGCUUCCUCCGGUCCUGGGCACACGCCUCCGUCGGCGUCGUUCUAUUCGCCAAAGCGUCAACCAUAUCAUGAAUAACAGUUACAAGAUCGACUCCUAUUCCAGAAUAUUCUUUCCUUUGGCGUACUUUCUCUUCAAUAUCAUCUACUGGAGCAUCUACUCCUAAGCCAGAGAGAAAACUGGCCUGCUCUGAGUUUAUAAACUCUCAUACACUUGAUUGCUUGAAUGUAAUCGGA